UCCAAGCCCACAAGUCCGACAGACAACAACUACAAGAGCAGAAUGGUGAGCGCCAAGGAGACCGUUGAGGCCAAGAUCGCCGCCUCCCCCGUGGUGGUGUACAGCAAGAGCUACUGUCCGUACUGCACCAAGACCAAGACGCUGCUGACGCAGCUGGGCGCCAAGUUCGACGUCGUGGAGCUGGACCAGAUCGCCGGCGGCAGCGAGCAGCAGGACGCGCUCGAGCAGAUCACGGGCCAGAGCACCGUGCCCAACGUGUUCGUGGGCGGCAAGUCCAUCGGCGGCAACUCGGACGUGCAGAAGCUGCACAAGGCCGGCAACCUCGAGCCCCUGCUCGAGCAGAACCAUGCCCUGUGAACCGCCAGGAUGUAGAUGAUGACCGAGCAGAUCGAGCGCCGUCUCGACCUCAGUGCAUUAGCGUAGUCGUUGCAGCCUAAUAAACGACAGAGCUUUAUUCUCUUUG